GUAAACAUUCACGUUUGUUAAAUGUAACACGUAACAAAACAAAAAGAAAGAAAUUGGGAUUAUCACGUACUGUUACGUGCGCGCGACACAUAGCACACAGGGCGGCGCGCAUGUGCAUGUGCGCAGCGUCGGGAGCGCGCACCAAUGGCUUUUUACGUUUGCAGACACUUACAUCGCUACCGAUUCACAGAACCGUAAUUCGGCCACGCAAAGCAAAUACCGUUUUCGUCUCAGUCGCCGUAGCGCGCGUGCCGUUGGCGAUGCGGAUCAGUCAGGCUGCUUCAUUCAAUUUUAUCUCAUCUGUAAAACUCCAACAAUCCAAAAUCGUCUUUAAUGACAGCCAGUGAGUCUCUUUGAUUUGUGGAAAACCAUCAAGUCGGUAAGUCCUUCCAAUGGGGACAAGUAAGAGCAAGCCAAAAGACUCAGGCCAGAGAUCUCUGAGUCUGGAUUGUACCAUAAAUAUGGGAUCCUCCAGUGGACACCAUUUCAAUUCUGGCCCUCAGACCCAAACGCCAAAUCAGAGCCCUGCGGUGGGGACCAGCAGGCGAAGCAACACGUACCACACCAACGGUGCAGAACAUCAACUUUUCGGUGGUGCGGAUCACAUGGCAAGCAUCGCAUCACCCAUAAGAGCUGGUGUCACCACGUUCGUCGCACUAUACGACUACGAAUCUCGGACAUCUGCAGAUCUUACUUUUAAGAAGGGCGAGAGACUGCAGAUCCUCAAUAACACGGAAGGAGACUGGUGGUUGGCGAGUUCUUUGACCACAGGGAAGAGCGGCUACAUCCCAAGCAAUUAUGUCGCACCAUCGGACUCCAUCCAAGCCGAAGAGUGGUUUUUUGGUAGAAUAACACGGCGCGAUUCUGAGCGGCUGCUGCUGAACAUCCAGAACAGGAGAGGAACUUUCCUUGUGAGAGAAAGUGAGACGACUAAAGGAGCGUACUGCCUGUCUGUGCUGGACUACGACAACACCAAGGGUCUAAAUGUCAAGCAUUACAAAAUCCGCAAGCUGGACAGUGGAGGAUUUUACAUCACAUCACGGACGCAGUUCAGCAACCUGCAGCAGCUCGUCCUGCACUAUCGCACACAUGCAGAUGGAUUGUGUCACGUCCUGACGGACAUCUGCCCCAUGCUGAAGCCUCAGACUCAGGGACUAGCGCGAGAUGCCUGGGAAAUCCCACGCGAGUCGCUGCGACUCGACGUUAAACUGGGUCAGGGGUGCUUCGGGGAAGUGUGGAUGGGUACAUGGAACGGCACCACGCGAGUAGCUAUAAAGACACUGAAGCCGGGCACCAUGUCCCCCGAGGCUUUCCUGGAGGAAGCUCAGGUCAUGAAAAAACUCCGGCAUGAGAAACUGGUGCAGCUCUAUGCCGUCGUCUCCGAGGAGCCCAUCUACAUCGUUACAGAGUACAUGAGCCAAGGAAGCCUGCUAGAUUUCCUAAAAGGAGAGAAAGGGAAAUAUUUACGACUUCCACAGCUGGUCGAUAUGGCCUCUCAGAUUGCUGCCGGUAUGGCCUAUGUGGAGAGGAUGAAUUACGUUCACAGAGAUUUACGAGCCGCGAACAUCCUUGUUGGAGACAGCCUGGUGUGUAAAGUGGCUGAUUUUGGACUGGCGAGACUCAUCGAGGAUAACGAGUACACUGCCAGACAGGGUGCCAAGUUCCCCAUUAAAUGGACCGCUCCUGAGGCCGCACUAUACGGACGCUUCACCAUCAAAUCAGACGUCUGGUCUUUCGGCAUCUUACUGACCGAGUUGGCCACCAAAGGGCGAGUUCCGUAUCCAGGCAUGGUGAACAGGGAGGUUCUGGACCAGGUGGAACGUGGAUAUCGGAUGCCGUGUCCGGCAGAAUGCCCGGCCUCGAUGCACGAGCUCAUGCUAAGCUGCUGGCGCAAAGAAUCCGAGGAACGUCCGACGUUCGAGUACCUGCAGAGUUUCCUGGAGGACUAUUUCACCUCCACUGAACCGCAGUACCAACCAGGAGAAAACCUCUAGGGCCUCCAGUGCUAGCUCAGAGAGAGCGGACUCUGCUGGUACGUUCGUACUCACAAAAUGUGUGUAUGUGGGAGGAAAAAGUGGGAGUUUACAGUGCAACUGACACUCCAUUGGCUACAAAUACGAAGAAUGCAUGCUUGUGGUUUAAAAAAAAGAAAAAAAAAUGUCUUGAGCAAGACUUUUUGGUGUAUGAACACUAGCCAAAACGGUACGAACAAAACCCUCUAUAGACUUCGUUAAAUGCGAAUUUUCUCCAGUUUCCAUCCAGCAGAAUACUGCCACGCACCCAGAGGUGCCAAAGAUGAUCCUUUCUCCCCCCCACCCCCCC